AUGCAUGUUGGGCCUGCCUUGCAUCCGAAUGUCCAAACCGUGUUCAUCUCGGUGCCCUCUGUCGGCUCGUCGUUGUCGCCGAACUCUCGUCAAGAAUUGGAGCAUCGCCUGGACAUGAACAACGACAAAGUCGAGGCAUUGGAGGCCAAGCUCAAGCUGCUCGAAGUCAAGCACGAGCAGAGUGUCAACGAAUCCCUCGCGAAAGAAUUGAUUGCUCAGUUGAAGCAAACGAUUGCAGAAAAAGACGCAGCAAUCCUCGAUCUCCGCUGCCAACUCCGCUUGAACGAGCUCAGCGUAGCGAGUGACCUUCAGGGAUUGGUGUCGCCCUCCAGUGGGGACGAACGUCCGGCCCACAUUUUUGCAACCCCCCACAAUGGCCAAGGGAACCCGGUCCACUUGCUCGAAAUGCAAGCCAUUCGAAACCAAAAUAUAAAUCGAAGACUCCGGAAAGUAGUUUUGCAAACUCGCUGGGGCGAGCUCCCCCCGUCGUCGAACGUCGUGGAUGACCCUUCCGUGCCUCGCAACAUUCGCGCGUUCUCGAGUUUCGACCCCCUCUCGGACGGCAGCGCCGACGAUUCUGGAUCGGAAGCUGGAACCCCACCAUAG